AUGGAAAUCCCGGCAAAUGCCUCACUUAUUUUGUGCAUUAUAGCGGCCUCCUUUGUUUCAAAGGUUCUGGGGCACCAUGGACGUGCCGACAGGAAUGAUCCCAAUGAGAAGGUGUUUAACGUGUUACGUUAUGGAGCACAUCGUGGAAGAGAGGAUAACGCGCCGUCUUUCAUCCGAGCAUGGAAGGCUGCAUGCAAUUAUAGGGGAAAGGCAAGGCUACUUUUCCCCAAGGGAACCUUCUUGAUAGGGGCAACUAUCUUUCAGGGACCAUGCCAAGGUCCAGCACCCAUUAAGGUUCAAAUUGCAGGAACUCUGAAAGCUGUACCAGACCCUAGCACGUACGAAGAAGAUUUCUGGAUCUUGUUUGAAAACAUCAAUGGCUUGCUGGUUACUGGUACAGGCACUGUUGAUGGCCAAGGCAAUGCUGUCUGGAAAUACGAUGUCGGCGACGGCGGUGCCAAGUUCCCUAGUUCUAUAAAACUUAACCAUGUAGUCAAUGGGAUUAUAAGACAGAUCACCUCUAUGAAUCCAAUGGGUUUCCGCAUAUCCAUCGUCCUGUCACAGAACACCAAGGCCAAAAAUCUUGCUAUAUUUGUGGAAUGGUCUUGUCUUCGCUCCACUAUCUCUACCGAUUGUCGUUGUGAAUUCAUCUUAGGUUCGAGAGUGGGUAGCUUCGGCUCAGGAAUGUUCCUUUCCCAACCCAUUUCUUCAGUAGCGAGAUGUGGAACGUGCUAUGGAUUUGGGCUUCCUUGGGAAGAUCUAACUGGUAAGCCACUUCUCCCACUUUUUUUUAAGAUUUUAAAUGACCCGAAGUAUUUAUAUGUUAACUUCUCAUUUUUAUUUCUUGGCAUGCUGGACUGUCUGAAUGGUUGGAGUCGAAGCCCCAACACUCACGGAAUACAUAUCAGCAAAACCAAUCAAGUGUAUGUAUCAAGUAGUGUCAUCGGCACUGGUGAUGGUUGCAUUGGCAUCAUACGUGGAUGCACCGAUGUCCACAUCAGAAAUGUAAUCUGUGGCCCUGGACAUGGUAUCAGUAUUGGUAGCCUUGGAAAUUACCAGGAUAAGGAUGAUGUGGGAGGGAUCACUGUGAAAAACUGCACAUGUAAUAAAACGGACGAUGGAAUCAGAAUAAAAACAUAUGGAAUAUCACCUCCAAGCCAAGCUUCAGGCAUACCUUUCCAGGAUAUCGUCAUGGACAGAGUUAAAAACCCCAUUAUUAUUGAUCAAUCUUAUGGAAACAAAGAAUCGGCAUCGAGGGUAAAGCUCAGUGAUGUUCGAUACCAGAACGUUAGAGGAACAUCCACGUCAGUUGUUGGUGUAAACAUCAAGUGCAGCCAUCCUGUUCCCUGUGAAAGAGUUAGCUUGUCAAACAUAAAUUUAAACUACGUUGGAGCAAAACAGCAUAAUCAUGAAAUCAGCUCUGUAUGCACCAACGCAAAAUUAAAUUUUGCUGGCUUCCAACAACCAUCACCUUGCCGAUAGUUGAAAAUCUCUACCUGUUUACGAUCGAGGAGAUGGACCCUUUUUCUGCUUUCAUUAAUUAGUGUAAAUUAAAGUUUGUAAAAAUAUAUCAGAAAAGCUAACAAGGAUAUCAUUUUAAAUCCAUGUUAAACAAAAAAUAUCCAUGGAUAGCAUAGAAUUUAUACCUAUUUAAAACUAUACGCAUGUAAAGGUAUAAUU